UUUUUAAAAAAAAAAAUUUGAGGACAAGUUUUGUUUUAUAAUCCAAAUGUCUAGUUUGGUUUAUAGUUUUGAGAUCCAUCUGUGUCCCUCUUCCUCUUUCAUGGUACCCAUUUUAGAGAAGCUUCCAAAGUGCUUCAUUUGAAUGAGACUCAACACAAACACUAUGGUGCUUAGAAUUUCUGUUUUUUGCUUUUUAAAAAUAUUUUCUGGGUGAGGUUUCAGAAAAGUGCUUGAUCACAUGGCUUUAAGCAGUAUGCUGUGUUAGCUUUUGAAUAUUCUUGGACUAAGGUUCGGUUUCUACUACUUGUAGAAGUGGGCAAAAUUAGAGUUUUGUGUCCCAAAAUAGAAAGUUAAUUGAAGAGAGAAAGUGAUUGGCAGAUACUCUACUUUACUUCUUAUUCCAGCUUUAAUGGCAGUGAAAUGUAAGUGAUGCAAAAAAAAAAAAAAAAAACAAAAAGAAAAACAGAAGCCACCUUUGGAGCCUAGCCUAGUAGCAAAAGAAAGAUCAAAACUCAAAAGGGGUCUCAAACUGAGAAGGGUACUCUCAAAUAUGCCAACAGUGUGGUUCUCUCUGAAGAAGUCUCUCCACUGCAAGUCAGAGCCCUCAGAUGUUCAUGACCCAAAGUCAAGGAAGCAGUUGACCACAAUCCUGACCAGAAAGCCAGGAGGGGGGAGGUCAGGUUGUUCAAGGUCCAUAGCAAAUCUCAAGGAUGUGAUUCAUGGAAGCAAGAGACAUAUGGAGAGGCCCCCAAGUAACUGCAGCCCAAGAUCCAUAGGGAGCAGUGAGUUCCUCAACCCAAUAACCCAUGAAGUCAUUUUGAGCAACUCAAGGUGUGAGCUCAAAAUCACUAGCUUUGAUAUUGGCAAUGGCCACAGCAACAAUGGAGGUGGGAAUAGCAGUAAUGGUGGUUCAACAUUUGCAGAUACCCUAAAGCCAGGCACACCUGGGCCUGGAGGCCACCCCACAAUGCACUAUUUCAACCCUUCUUUUAGGACCUCAGCCACUACUCCUCCAAGGAAGAGCCCUUUUCGGGUUUCUGCAGAAACAGAAGGCUCUGGAAAUUUCAAGGGUUCUUCAGGUUUGAAUUCAGCUAGUGGGAUUGGACUUCGCCAGAGCAAUAGGAUCUCUUUUGAUGGUUCUACCUCAAUUACUUGUCACAAAUGUGGUGAGCAGUUUACAAAAUGGGAAGCUGCUGAAGCACACCAUCUCUCUAAACAUGCUGUUACUGAACUUAUGGAAGGUGACUCGUCUAGAAAAAUCGUUGAGAUAAUAUGCCGGACAAGCUGGUUGAAAUCCGAGAACAAUUGUGGAAGGAUUGAGAGAGUGUUGAAAGUGCACAACAUGCAAAGAACUCUUGCUCGAUUCGAAGAAUAUCGAGAGAUGGUGAAGAUCAAAGCCAGCAAACUCCCUAAGAAACACCCAAGGUGCAUUGCUGAUGGGAAUGAACUUUUGAGGUUUUAUGGGACUACAGUGGCCUGCUCUCUUGGCCUAAAUAGUUCCUCAAGUCUUUGUGUAUCAGAAAAAUGCUGCGUUUGUAGGAUUAUAAGAAAUGGGUUUUGUGCAAAGAAGGAGCUCAAGGAAGGUGUAGGUGUUUUCACAACUUCCACAAGCGCAAGAGCCUAUGAAUGCAUUGAAAUAUUGGAAGAGGAUCCAUGUAUUAGGAAAGCUUUGAUAGUCUGCAGAGUAAUUGCUGGGAGGGUUCAUAAGCCUUUGGAGAACAUAAAAGAAAUUGCUGGACAAACUGGUUUUGAUUCUUUGGCUGGAAAAAUGGGUCUUUACUCAAAUAUUGAAGAGCUUUAUCUGCUCAAUCCUAGAGCUCUCCUUCCUUGCUUUGUGGUAAUCUGCAAACCCUGAAGAAAGUUUUUUUUUUUUUUCCUAGGGUGUUUAGAAAACUAUGCCAUAUUCAUAAGUAUGAUCUUCUGUGAAUCCUUCCUUCUCUUUUUGUUUUUUGGGUAGGAGAUUGUCCCUCUUAUUUUUGGAAGAAAUUUGAUUCUUCUGUCAAGCCUGUUGUGCUUCUCGGUCUGAAUUUGUAACUCUGCCUCUUCAGUUAAGGGAAGGCCUGUGCUAUGCUAUCAAUGCAACAUUCAAUUGCA